AUGGGCUCCUUAUCUCCUCCUCCUCCUCCGCCGCCGGUGCCGCCGGAGAACCAGGCGAGCGGCUUCAGAAUCUGCGUCUCGUUUUGCCGACGAGACGAGACGACCGGCACCACCGUAUCUAACUGGCUGGAUUCUUAUAACCCGGCCGACAACACGUUGGGCCACGUCGGAGCGAUUCCCGGGCUCCCCAGGAACCACAUACUGAAGGGUUUCGCAAUGGUGUGUCUAGGCGGCUUCGUUUACGUCAUCGGUGGUAGGCUCUGCCUUAAUGUGCUCGAUGCCGAGGGCUCGGUGGAAAGGGACGUCGCUGUGAGAUCCGAUGUGCUCCGGUGCAACGUUGCGACCGGAGAAUGGGCGCCGUGCUCGCCGCUCGCCCUCCAACGAUUCGACUUCGCGUGCACGCCCUGCAAUGGGAGGAUCUACGUAGCGGGUGGCCAGUUCACGGUCUCGGGCGCCCGGGGCACGUCGGCGGCCGAGGUGUACGACCCCGAGCGCGACCAGUGGGCGCCGCUCCCAGGCAUGAGCGCCCUGAGGUACAAGUGCGUCGGCAUGGCGUGGGAGGGCAGGUUCCACGUGGUGGGGGGGUUCGCCGAGCGGGAGGGCUGCAGCCGAACGGUGCCGUCGGUGGUGGAGAGAAGCUCCGCGGAGGUGUUCGACGAGGAGCGGGGGGAGUGGGACCUCGUGCCGGGGAUGUGGCAGCUGGACGUGCCGCCCAACCAGAUCGUGGCGGUGGACGGCCGGCUGUACAGCUCCGGCGAUUGCCUCAACAAUUGGAAGGGGCACAUCGAGACCUACGAUGGGAAGCUCAACAUAUGGAGCGUCAUCGAGCGGUCGCAGCUGCACGACAUGUCGUCGCUCGUCGCCGGCCCGCGUGAGCGCUCGCUGGAGAGGCUGUACCUCACCAUGGCUCCUGUCGGGGGUCACCUCUACUUCUUGGUCGGAUAUCGCGAGGCGGGAGACGAGCUGAGGUCGAUGACGGUGGCUCAUGCCUUCGACACGGAACCAGGGGCCGCGGAGGCAUGGGCGAGCUUUGAGCCCUUAAUGGCCGAUGGGAACAAGGAGUUGUGCAGCCACUGCUGCGUCGUUCAACUCUCCUAAAC